AUGUUUAAGUGGCACCAAAGUAAUAAUUUGGUUUACGUUACAUUUAACAUUCCAGCAAAUGUUACAAAACAAGAUAUUCAUGCUGAAAUUACAAGUUCAUCAAUUGGAUUAGGUGUUAAAGGUUUUGGUUUAAAUUGUGAAGGAACAUUAUUUUCAAGUAUUAAAGGAUCAAAAUGGGCAAUUAAAGAUGAUACAGUUCAAGUUCAAAUGGAUAAACAACAAACAGGUGUAAAAUGGAGUCAUUUAUUAUCAGAAAUUACAGAAUCAAAUGCAAAAGCAGUUGUGUUAUUUGAAUAUGAGGCAACCUCUGAAGAGGAAUUAUCAUUAAUACCACAUCAAGUCAUUGAUAUCAUUUCAAAGGAUGAUUCUGGUUGGUGGGAAGGUUCAAAACAACAAAUGAAUGGUGUAUUUCCAUCAAAUUUCGUACAAGAAUUUCCAACUGAUUAUCAACCACCUGAAGAUGAGGAUGCAAGUGCAGAGGCUACAAAAGAGGAGGAAAUAUCGAAACCAAUUAGUCAAGUCUCAAGACUUGGUAUUAAUAUUAGUUUAGGUAGUAUGGAUGAAUUAAAGAAUAAAUUAGCAAAUAGAAAAACUGCAACUUAUACAUCUGCUGAUAUUGAAGAGGCUCAUAAUAAUAAUAAUGCUUCAAAUGAAGAAUCUAAUAGUAGUAGUAGUAGUAGUAGUAGUAGUAAUAUUAAUAGUAGUGGUGGAUUUGUAGCAGUUAAACCAAGUGGUGCUGUAAAUACACAACAAAGACAACCAGGUAAAGUUUUAUUAAAUAAUAGACAAUCAACUAUACUUUCAGGUGUACCACCAGCAAUUCAAUCAAUUCCAUCAUCAAAUACAAAUACAACCACCACCACCAAUACUACACCAGCAGUUCAACCAUUAAUUCAAUUAAAACCAAAACAAACAAAUACAGAGAUUAAUACGAGUGGAAAUUCAAUCCCAGCAACAACAUCAAAAGAAUCACAAUCAACUAAAGAGGAAUCAUCUAGUGGUGGCAAUAAAAUUACAUCAUUAUUUAAAAAACCAUUGAAAAAGAUUACAGCGAUUUCAGCAUUAACAGGUUCACAUUCAAGUAAUGAAAGUAGUAGUGGUGGAGAUAAAAAUAAUAGCGGUAGUAAAACAAAAGCGAAAGUAGUUUAUGAUUUCGAAAGUAAAGAACCAAAUGAAUUAAAUUUGAAAAAAGGUGAUAUUAUCGUUGUUUUAGCAAAGGAUUCAUCCGGUUGGUGGCAAGGUAUAAAUCAAUCAACUCAAGCAACUGGUUGGUUUUCAAAUACAUUUGUCGAGGAGAUUAAAGAGGAGAAAUUACCACCACCACCAUCAUCAUCUGAAAAUAAACAACCAUUAAAGAUUGUUAAAUCACCACCACCAAAAUCAUCAUCAUCAUCACAACCACAAACAGUUGAAGCAAAAUUACAAUCAUUAUCAGAUACACCAAAAUUGGAAACAGCAAGAAAAGCAGGUGCUGCUAAAGGUAGAAAACCACCAUCAAGAGUACGUGCCUCUUAUUUAUUAUCUGAUGAUGAAAAAGCAGAGAGAGAAAAACUUAAACAAAGUUUUUAUUCUCAUGUUGUUUCUUCACAAAAAGAACUUUCAAUGUAUGAUAAUAAUGAAGAUGGUGGUGAACAUCUAUCUGAUGAUGAUCAACCAUCAACACCACCUUCAAUUUCACGUAGUGGAGGUUCAUUCACUCCAACACAACAACAACAACAACAAUCAGUUGAUAAACCUAUUGAAAGACCAUCAAAACCACCACCACCAAAACGAACAGCGGCAAUGAAUAGCUCACUUAAUAAUAUAAAUGAACCACCACCACCAAGUAAUAAACCACCACCACCACCAAAAUCAUUAAAACCACUCUCAACUAGUGAUGGAUAUGAACCACCAUCACCACCAUCAUCAUCGUCAACAACUCCAAUUACAACAAGUGGUGAAGAUACUCUUCAAAAAUCACCUACAUUACAAAGAAAAGUUGCGCCACCACCACAACAACAAAAUGAACAAGAUUUACCAUCUUCACUUGUCGGUAAACCACCACCACUUAAACCAACUCCAAAACCAAGAGCAAUACAGACAAACAGCGAAUCAACAGCACCAGCACCAACACCUUCACAUGAAGUUAACUUUAAAGCAAACCUAAAACCAGCAAAACCUUCAUCACCACCAAUUGGUAAUUCACAAGAAAUUCCAACAGAUACAUCAUCACCACCAAAUGCAACUACACCACAACCAACACCUCCACCAUUAAAAAGAGUAGCUAAACCACCUGUACAACAACAACAACCAUCAAAUGAAAAUAUUGAAAAUAUAACACAAUUUAAAUUAAAACCAUCACCAGCUUCACCAACUUCACCAAGUUCACCAACUAUUGAUCCAAUUUCAACCACAACUAAACCACCAGCUAGACCACCAUUAAAGAAAUCAGCAGCAGCAGCAGCACCACCUUCACCACCAAAUGAAGAAGCUACAACCACAUCACCACCAACAUUAGCAGCAAAACCAAAAGUAGCCUUAAGAAAUGGACCAAGCUCAGCACCAACAUCACCAUUAUCACAACCACAACAACCACUACCACCAUCAACUCAUAAGAGAAAUCUUUCAAAUCCAAAUACAACCAACAAUGAAAAACCACCACCACCAACUAAAAAACCACAAUUAAUAAAACCAUUACCACAAUUUAAUGACAUUUGUGUUGAAGUAUCAAAUAUUUGUAAUGAAAUUCAAGAGAGAAGCGAUAACUCUCAAGAGACAACCACCACCUUUAAACAUAAUUACCCAUCAUUGAUUGAUUCAUUCUUUUCAGUUGCCGUUUGUAGUAAUGAUGGUCAAUUUUGGGGUAACGAUGACCAAUUGAAUGAUCAUUGUGUACCAAUGUUUCAAGUUAUCUAUCCAUUCCUUUACUCGAUACUUUGCGAAGAGAUUGGUUUGGAUGAAGUUUCAAAGUUUAUCUCUGAUCAAGCUAGACCUGACAGUUACGACAAUCAAAAACCACUAAACGAUCAAAAGAAAUCACAUAAUCCAUUCACAUUGGCUGGUCAAUUGAUUACAGCAAAUCUGUUCACUGGUAAAUAUCCAAAUGCCGUCACUAGAAUCUACCAAUUUUUAAAUAUAAUUCAAGAGUUGGUAAAUUGUAGUAGUGUUUCAUGUGAUAUGGUCUCUUAUUUAUCUCAAAAAUCUGAAACCUCUGAUGAGAUAUUGGUGGGUCAUUUAUUGAAAUCCUCUGGAUUAAUUAAACAACCUGAUGAUGUUUUAGACUUUUUCUAUCAAAUCAAUUCAAUUCAAUUAAAUUCAAAACAGGUUUCAGUAUUGGCUGCAACACUUGCCAAUGAUGGUGUUUGUCCAUUCUCUCAAGAUUUGAAAUUAGCCCCUAAAAAUAUAAUCUCAAAAACUAUUGACCUCAUUAGAAUUUGUAAUUCAACUCCAAUAACCUCUUCAAUUUUCGAUAACAAUAUUGAUAAUAUUAAUAAUUCUAAAAUAAUUCCUAUCUUAAGUGAUAGUGGUGUCUUAAUGAUUAUCAUUCCUGGUUUAAUGGGUGUUUCAAUCAUCUCUCCAUGUAAUAAUAAUAAUAAUAAUAAUAAUAACAAUAAUGAUAAUUUCAAUCAUUAUCCAAAUAAUAAUCAUAUUGAAUUUUGUAAAAAAUUAUGUUCAAUUUUAGAUCAAUAA